UGGAGGAUGCACUGCGCCUGCGCUGUGGACGUGGCUGGUCCUUCUGACUGCAGGAGGUUGGGUCUCCCAUCGUUAUGGCGCUGUGUCCUUUGUCACGCUGUCAUCCCAGGUGCUGAGGGUUCCUUGGGAAGACUUGGGAGACGCCCGAAGCAGGAAGAUGGCAGCGGACUCAGUGGCCUUUGAGGAUGUGGCUGUGAAGUUCACCUUUGAAGAGUGGGCUCUGCUGGAUCCUUCACAGAAGAGACUCUACAGAGAUGUGAUGAGGGAAACCAUCAGGAACCUGGCCGUUGUGGGGAGAAAAUGGAAAGACUGGAACAUUGAAGAUGGUGAUCAAAAUGCGAGGAGAAAUCUAAGAAGCUAUAUGGUCAAGCAACCCUGUGAAAGUAAAGCAAGCCUUCAGUGUAAAGAAAACAGCAGAAUUUCAAAUCUGAGUCUCAUCAAGGAAACUCAGACCUGUGGAGCAGCGUGUAAAGGCAGCUUGUGUGAAAAAGUCUUUAUGUAUCCAAAAUUCCUUAGUGGGCACCUCAGAUCACCUCCUGCCUGCAGAGCAUACAAGAGUCAGAAAUAUGGAAAUAAGCCAUACGAAUGUAAGGAGUGUGGUAAAGCAUUCAUUUAUCACCAGUGUCUUCGGAACCAUGAGAGUACUCAUACUGCAGAAAAACCUUAUGAAUGUAAACAGUGUGGCAGAGGUUUCACAUUUCUCAGUUCUUUUCGAAAACAUGAAAGAAGUCAUGUUAGAGAGAAAAGCUAUCAGUGUAAAGAAUGUGGGAAA